AUGCUGCGGAGCAUCUACAACCAGGAGUUCCGGGGCAGGACUGAUACAAAAACACCCAACUUCUCCUACAUCUUGUACGCGCUGAGGGUGACCCACCGGGCGCAGGUGCAUGGGGAGUCAGUGCGCUUCAAGAAGGAGAAGAGGCGUGUGGUAGUGGCAGACCAGUACCGGAGACCCAGGGUGAAUGCAGAGGCAUUGGCGUCUGCAUCUGCCUCAGGGCAGCAGCCCAGCUCCAGUCCUCAAGUGCCCCAGAGCCAUGCCAAGAAGUGGGCUGAGUUCAUCCGUGGGAAGCACGGGGUAGACAUCGUCUCGGAGCACGACCAGGGCAACGGGCACAUCCGCUUCCCGGUGGUGCUCAGCGAGCCCCGGACGGUCACUGUCCUGGUGCAGAACCAUGGGGUGGAGGCCGUGACACUGCGGCAGUGCCAGCCACAGCAGCAGUCGCGGGAACUCUCCUUCGCGGACGAGCAAGGGGCGACACAGGGCCAAUCCCUGCUGCUGCACCCAGGCGGCACGUACCCCAUCCAGGUGCGGUGCCUGACCACCCGCAAUGGGUGCUUCCGUGCCGUGGUGGUCUUCAAGUUCACCAAGGAGCCGGAUGAGCCCUUCAGCAUCUGGCGCCACGUUGCUGCCAUCGCUGAGAGCCAGCUGGCCAAGGACCUGGGGCCCUCAGCACCUUUCCAGCCUUACCAGGCCAGCCUCCAGCGCCCUGUCACCGUCAUCACCGAGGAUGGCAUCCCCCCUGACAGCUCCCUGAAAAAUGAACUGGAAAGGGAAAUCCCUCUGGGCACCUACCAGUACCCAAAGAGCCUCAAGGACACGAUCCUGCUCGGACCCAAUGCCCGUGCCAGCUCCAGCUGGGCUGCCAUGCGGUCGCUGCUGGAGGCCCCCCUGCUUGCUGAGAACUACCAGGAGAAGUUCCAGCUGCUGCUGCACCUGGAGGAGAUCCAGAUGGAGGUGGACAUCCGGCGCUACGACAUGCAGGACGUGCCCAUGGUGCAGGACAGGGCGCUGCUGGUCCUCAACGUGCCUGGCGUGGCCGAGAACCGCCCAUCCGUACUGAAGGGGGACCACCUCUUUGCCCACCUGAGCAGUGAGCGAGACUGCUCCCCGCUCGUCCAGUACAAGGGCUAUGUGCAUGGUGUGGAGCUGGAGAAGGUCAGGCUGGGCUUCUCCUCCAAGCUGCAGAAGAAGUUUGUGAACAACCUGAGGUUUGACGUGACCUUCACCUUCAGCCGGCUGCCGCUGCGGGUCCCGCAUCGGGCUGCAGCCCUGGCCAUGCAGCGCGGCUUGUCCAGCCUCCUCUUCCCCUCCGCCUCGUGCCAGAAGUCCCUCUUCACAGGCACCUUCCAGCCCCGGUGGUUCGACCGCAAGCUGCUGGCGAACGAGGGGCAGUGCAGAGCCGUGACGCACAUCGUGACGGGGAUGUCCAGACCAGCUCCAUACCUCAUCUUCGGCCCCCCUGGGACUGGCAAGACAGUCACCGUGGUGGAAGCCAUCAAGCAGGUAUGGACAUGCUUCAAGGAUGCCCGGAUCUUGGCCUGUGCCCCUUCCAACAGUGCCACAGACCUGCUGUGUCAGCGCCUCAUCAAGGACAUCGCCCCCCGGUAUGUCUACAGGCUCAUCGCCAGCUCCAGGAACUACCAGGAGGUACCUGCUGAUAUCAGGCCCUGCUGCAACUGGGACGAUGAGCAGAGCUGCUAUGUGUACCUGAGCAAGGAGCACCUGGGGCGCUACCGGAUCCUCAUCACCACGCUGGUGACAGCGGGAAGGCUGGCAUCAGCCAACUUCCCCCCAGGGUUUUUCUCCCACGUCUUCAUCGAUGAGUGUGGCCAGGCGGUAGAGCCAGAGAGCGUGGUCGCCAUCGCAGGGCUCCUGACUGCCAUGGACCAGAAGACCAACCCCAACGGGGGGCAGCUGGUGCUGGCAGGAGACCCCCAGCAGCUGGGCCCCGUCCUGAGGUCACCGCUGGCCAUCGAGCAUGGCUUGGGCACCUCGCUGCUAGAGAGGCUGAUGCUCCACAACCCCCUGUACAAGAAGUCGAGUGGAGGAUACAACCCACAGUUCGUCACCAAACUGCUCUGGAACUACAGGUCCCACGAGGCCAUCCUCAGGAUCCCCAACGAGCUCUUCUACGACAGCGAGCUGAAGGCCUGCGAGAGUGACGAGCUCGACGUCCGGAGUCUGUAUUGUGCCUGGGACGAGCUUCCCAAAAAAGGCUUCCCCAUCAUCUUCCACGGGGUUUGCGGAGAAGACCAGAGAGAGGCCAAGAGCCCCUCAUUCUUCAACACGGCUGAGAUCGAGGUGCUGGUCCAGUACCUCAAGAAGCUGCUGCAGAGCCGGGGCAAGGGGGGCUGCCCCAGCGUCUCGCCCAAGGAGGUCGGCAUCAUCUCUCCCUACAGGAAGCAGGUGGAGAAGAUCCGGAAAGCCAUCACCUCCCUGGACCCUGUCCUGCGGACACUGCCAGACAUCAGCCUGCUGAAGGUGGGCUCUGUGGAGGAGUUCCAGGGCCAGGAGCGACGCGUCAUCCUCAUCUCCACCGUGCGCAGCUGCAGCGAGUACCUCCAGCUCGACCAGACCUUCAGGCUGGGCUUCCUCAAGAACCCCAAGAGGCUCAACGUGGCCAUCACCAGGGCCAAGGCUCUGCUGAUCGUGGUGGGUAACCCGGCCGUGCUCAGCAAGGACCAACACUGGCAGAGGUUCCUCAGGUACUGCAGGGAGGAGGGCGGCUACACGGGCUACCCCUACGAGGACGAGAGCCCGGCAGAGGAUGGCCUCGCCGCCGACCUCCACGCACUGCACCUCAGCAAUUAGCUACCAGGAAACCCACCUGGGAAAGGAAGAGAAGCCCUGUGGAGCUCCAGCAUCCCUCAGCCUGCCCCUGGCCUGCAGCAGCCGCUUGCUUUCCC